GUCAGAGGUUGCACUUGCAGCUGAGCUAGUGACAGACCCACGUGUGCGCCUCUUCUGACUGAAGGUUAAAAAGAACUAUCGGCUUUAUAUUAUUGUAUUUUAUUAAAGCUUUUUAGGGGUUUAACGGACUGGGAAAACAGGAUGGACCCCAUGAAAGCGCAACAACUGGCGGCUGAGCUCGAAGUGGAAAUGAUGGCAGACAUGUAUAACCGCAUGACCAACGCAUGUCACAGGAAGUGCGUACCCCCCCACUACAAGGAAGCAGAGCUGUCCAAAGGCGAGGCCGUGUGUCUGGAUCGCUGCGUGGCCAAGUACCUCGACCUGCACGAGAGGCUGGGCCGUAAACUCACCGAGCUCUCCGUACAGGACGAGGAGAUGAUGAGGAAAGCAGCCGCCGGCACUGGGUAAACUGGGUACCGUCUCCCUGAGAGCAACCGAGAGCCGGUGGGUGGACUGGUGAGGGGACUGGAUUCAAGUUGGCUCAUUAUGGACACCUGAGAGAAGAGCCUGGGCUUUGUAAUGGUUUGAAAGGACACGUCACAGAUCUUCAGUCAGAUCCAGAAUCUAAAGUGGCUGUCAAAGUACUUUAAAUAUUUCCGCCCUGUUUGAGUUGCUGACCGAAUGCAGUGUUUGAUUGUUGACUUAUCUGUUUUAUUCAUGGUUCUGUGUCUAAUAAUAUAAAUGUAUAUGGACCA